AUGACUCUCCUCGCAGGCUCAUCUUCUGUUAAUCGUAUCCGGCCCUCCUCCGAUUUCUACGGCCAGGCUCAGCAAGGGCAUGGUCAGGGGAACGCAGAAAAUGACUCUCAAGAUAAAAUCGCACAGCAAUGGAUUGCCGACAUUGACCAGUAUGAGACAACUUUGGAAGAAAUGGCUGCCGCAACUUUGGACCAGGACUUCAAGGAUGAGUUGAGUGCUAUAGAGCAGUGGUUUCGGGUCUUGAGCGAGGCAGAGCGGACUGCCGCCUUGUACGCUCUCUUACAACAAACUACUCAAGUACAGAUUCGCUUCUUCAUUCAAGUGCUUCAACAGAUGGGGAAAAACCACCCUAUGUCUGGUGUAUUGUCGCCUGCAAACUUUGACAAAGACCCAAUGUCCAAUCGCCUCAGCGACGCUAUGAAUAAGUUAAAUGUUGAUUCGCCCCGAAACUCCUUCUCGCGAAACUCAACCGUAGCUUCCACUAAGCGAAACUCCGGCCUCGAUCCUUCGACCAUUAAUGCUAUGUUUCCUGACGCUGCGGCAGCGAUAGCAACAGAGAAAGCAAAAUUCACCCAGCAAACUGGAAACCCCCCAUCCUCGAACCGCAACUCCGCCGCCAUCGAUGCCCGCAUGUCUAUCUCAGGUGGACAAGAAGCCCGUGAUGUUGGCGCGCCGAACCCAGCUUCCCCAUGGGGUGCCGGCGCUGCAACUGAGCCGUCAGCUGCCAAAGGAAAUACAUCACAGGUGCCAAUGGGCCAGUUUGUGCAGCCACCGCCUUCGGGCGGCCUUAGGUCCCCACGGCCACAGAUGACUGGUAGUUCUCCUUUACAAAGCACCACACUUAAUGCUCCCGAGAAGAAUCCCUCUGAUCUGCCUUUAUUAUCCCCAUAUCAGUCGGGUAGCGGAAAUUGGGCAUCCAUGGUGAAUACUCCAAUGGCGCCGACGUUCAAUGCAGCCACUACCGGUGGCAAGCAAGCCGAUAUGAUGGCAAAUGCCACCGUCAUGAAACUUGCUGCACUCUCAACCGUCAACAAUCGUAUUGCCUUGGAUGACGUACGCAAAUACCGCCGUACCAGAUCUAACGACGCACCGGGCAGCACCCACGCUCAGGUGUCGCCUCCCAGCCAGGCUGUAAACCUGCCGGGUACCAAUGUAGUGAUGAUCAAUGAGCACGGUCAGGUUUUGAACCAUGAGCAAGUGUUGGCCAUGCAAGCGCAGCAGAGUAUUGGGCUUGGAGGGCAAAGAUCCCGCCCUAGCUCUCCUGGUCUAGCGAUGCAUCAGACAUUGGGGCCUGUGCCGCAUUUUACUUCCCCACAACACAACGGUUUUUUGAGCGCCUACGAUGGCUCGUCUGGCCUGUUGGGCACUGGUAUUCCAGCCGUAAGUUUAGGCCAGCUAGGUAUGACUGGUCACGAAGGUUACUUGUCCGAUCAUUCCGAUAUAGUACGAGGUCGUUCACCUAGAGGUCGACGGGGUAGUUCCAAGGCACCAGAAGAUCCGGCCGAUCCAACGCUACUUCAGGACAUUCCAAGUUGGCUCCGCAGCCUUCGAUUGCAUAAAUACACAGAAAACCUGAGAGACAUGAAAUGGACAGAACUGAUUGAACUCGAUGAUAAGGCGCUAGAAGAUCGAGGCGUCAAUGCACUAGGUGCACGAAGAAAGAUGCUCAAGGUCUUUGAGCAAGUCAAAGGUAUUUAUUUCAUACCCCAGUAA